AUGGACAAACACAUAGCAGAGCCAUGGCGACCCGACCCGGUCCAUUUCCUGCCACCGGAAACACCACGCGAGCCGAUGGAGUUUCUUUCACGUUCAUGGAGUGUGUCAGCUUUAGAGGUAUCAAAAGCCCUGGCUCCACCACAAAUGGUUUUCUCUAGCAAGACCAACCCAUGCGGUACUGGUAGUAUGAUACAGGAGGAUAUUAUUGGAGAGUUAGAAGAGAGUGGUGCUACUGUUUCUGGAAACCCAUUUUCUUUUGCUUCCUCUGAGACUUCCCAGAUGGUCAUGGAAAGAAUCAUGUCCCAGUCGCAGGAGGUAUCUCCCCGCACUUCAGGCAGACUCUCUCAUAGCAGUGGACCUCUCAAUGGUUCCUUAACGGACAGCCCUCCUGUUUCUCCAUCUGAAAUGGAUGAUGUCAAGUAUUGUCGAUCCAACAAUCCCCACAAUACACAGUUCCGUACACCUGCGGUCACUCCUGGUGGCACUGCCUUCACGGCUGCAGCCGCAGGUGGUGGUGGUAAGACGGUUGGUAGGUGGUUGAAGGACAGGAGGGAGAAGAAAAAGGAGGAGACUCGAGCCCAUAAUGCGCAGCUCCAUGCUGCGAUAUCUGUGGCAGGGGUUGCUGCUGCCAUUGCUGCAAUUGCGGCUGCAACAGCUGCUUCCUCGGGAGCUGGGAAAGAUGAGCAAAUGGCAAAGACUGACAUGGCGGUGGCAUCCGCCGCAACAUUGGUGGCUGCACAAUGCGUGGAGGCGGCGGAGGCCAUGGGGGCAGAGCGUGAGCACCUUGCAUCUGUUGUGAACUCUGCUGUGAAUGUGCGGUCUGCUGGUGAUAUCAUGACAUUAACUGCUGCUGCCGCAACAGCCUUACGUGGUGCAGCAACGUUGAAGGCGAGGGCAUUGAAGGAAGUCUGGAAUAUUGCAGCUGUCAUUCCUGUUGACAAAGGAGUAGGUGUAGCUGUUGCAAAUGCCAGUAAUGGCAGCUCUAAUGGUAGUUUCAGUGGUGAACUCGUGCCUGAAGAGAACUUCCUAGGCAUCUGCAGCAGGGAAUUGCUUGCCAGAGGUUGUGAGCUCCUCAAGCGCACUCGCAAAGGUGACCUUCACUGGAAGAUAGUUUCUGUUUAUAUCAACAGAAUGAAUCAGGUUAUGCUGAAGAUGAAGAGCAAACAUGUAGCUGGGACCAUAACAAAAAAGAAAAAGAAUGUGGUGCUGGAGGUGAUCAAAGAUGUGCCUGCUUGGCCAGGCCGCCACUUGCUAGAGGGAGGUGAGCAUCGACGGUAUUUUGGUUUGAAGACUUUGCAGCGGGGUGUUGUCGAAUUCGAGUGCAUGAACCAGAAGGAAUAUGAUCUCUGGACUCAAGGUGUCUCAAGACUCCUCUCCAUUGCAGCAGAAAAGUUCUUAAGACAUAGAGUGUGA